ACCCUCGUUUGUAAGAGAUCUGUCCACCUUUGCAAAAUGUGAUCACAGUCCAUUGACCCUCAAUAGGUAAGCUUUUGGGUCUACAUUGGGGUAAUGAGACCUCCAUCAGUGCAGGAUAAUGCUUUGCCCCCGGGCUGAACAGUAAUAGACUUCGUAUGGCAAGUGGAUUUAAACCCCAGAAUUGAUUUUGAAAUUAAGGUGUUGGUUAAUUUUCUUCAAUCUGAGGAAUUAAUGCAAAUCCUGUGAGAGGAGAGUGUGGCGCUGACGAGAGACCCUGAGCUGGAUUAUGAUGCUGUUACACCGUGUUGGACGAGUGUGUCAUGUGCUUGUGCUGGUGCUGUGUCUGUCUGCGGCUGAGGACUUCGACUGGACAACGAACAACCACGACUCCUUCUAUUAUGGCACUUUUCCAAAUGGAUUUUCGUGGGGCGCCGGCGGUUCAGCCUAUCAAACCGAAGGAGCCUGGGACAAAGAUGGGAAAGGACUGAGCAUCUGGGAUGUGUUCACUCAUAAGAGGGGCAAGAUAUUCCUGAAUGACACUGGAGACUCUUCAUGUGAGGGAUACUACAAAAUCAAGGAUGAUAUCUCUCUGAUGAAAGAGUUGCACCUGAAUCACUACCGGUUCUCCAUCUCCUGGCCCAGGAUCAUGCCCACUGGUAUUAGAUCUGACCAUGUGAACGAGAAAGGAGUGAAGUACUAUGAUGCUCUUAUCGACGGGAUGCUUGAAAACAAUAUUACUCCCAUAGUGACACUUUAUCACUGGGACUUACCACAGGUUUUGCAGGACAAGUAUGGAGGUUGGCAGAACAUCAGCAUGGUUAAUUAUUUCAAUGAUUUUGCCAACCUUUGCUUUGAGCGAUUCGGGGAACGUGUGAAAUACUGGAUAACGUUUAAUAACCCAUGGUCAGUGGCAGUGGAAGGAUAUGAGACUGGAGAGCAUGCUCCAGGACUGAAGCUUAGAGGCACUGGAGCCUACAGGGCAGCUCACCACAUCAUUAAGGCACAUGCUAAGGUGUGGCACACUUACGAUUCUCAGUGGCGAAGCAAACAAAGAGGUAUGGUGGGAAUUUCACUGUCUGGGGACUGGGGAGAGCCUGUGGACAUCACCAACCAGAAGGACAUUGAAGCUGCUGAGAGAUAUGUCCAAUUUUAUAUCGGCUGGUUUGCUACACCUAUCUUCCAUGGGGACUAUCCUCAAGUUAUGAAAGACUUUAUAGGGAGGAAAAGUGCACAGCAGGGCCUGGGAACAUCUCGUCUCCCCACCUUUUCCUCUCAGGAGAAGAGCUACAUAAAAGGCACCGGUGACUUCCUAGGAGUGGGGCACUUCACAACACGCUAUAUCACCCAAAAAAACUUCCCUUCCAACCAGGGCAGCACCUACUUCACAGACCGGGACAUAGUGGAGCUGGUCGACCCACGCUGGCCUGAUCCGGGUUCAGAGUGGCUUUACUCUGUUCCUUGGGGCUUCCGCCGACUGCUCAACUUUAUAAAGACUCAAUAUGGGAACCCAAUGAUCUUUAUCACUGAGAAUGGGGUCUCAGAGAAGAUGAUGUGCACAGAGCUGUGUGAUGACUGGAGGAUACAGUAUUUAAAGGAUUACAUCAAUGAGAUGCUAAAAGCUAUCAGGGAUGGAGUGAAUGUGAAGGGCUACACUGCCUGGUCCCUCCUGGACAAGUUUGAAUGGGAUGAGGGCUAUUCAGAGAGGUUCGGCUUGUACUAUGUUGACUUCAGGAACAAAAACAAACCUCGCUACCCCAAGGCCUCAGUUCAGUUCUACAAACGCAUCAUUAGGUCCAAUGGAUUUCCCAGCCAGAGAGAGGUUGAGAACUGGAAAAGGACAUCUACAGAGACUUGCUCCUCCAGCAAUCAGCUCCUGGCUGCAGCUAGAAGAAAAUCCAAGGAAAAUAACGAUCAUGCACAGAUGCCAAAGGUUUGGCCAGUGCAUGAAGUUUAGACACUUGGGUACAUAUAUAAUUGUAUUCUUUUCAUUUGGCUUUGCAAAUUUCCGGCAAUGUCCUUAAAAGCCUCAAAAUGAUUGUGUGGUUUGAUCAGAUAAACCACAAGAAUAAAUCAUCUUCCCUGGUCCUGAGAAACUGGAAUGUCUGAAAUCUUUUGAAGUGUCCAGCUUUAGAGGCCAGCUAAACAUUUAUUAUAAACUUCUACAUAAAUUCUUAAUUAAGUGCCACAACAUUAGACAAAUAGCCAGAUCAGGUAUUUGGUCAAGACUGUGAACAAAAAGUGACACUUGGUGAAUGUGUAGCACUUAAGAACUAUAAAGAAAAAUGUUAUAGUUGUUGAAUUGCAAUUAGUCUUAAGAU